GCGGCGCGGAUUUCUCGUCACGCAGUUUUGGGAGGCAGCAGCAGUGCAUCAAAACUUAUUUCCGACGCCUUUUGCUCGGCAGAUCCUGCCAAUCCUUUGUGAACCAAAUCCUACUGCCUCCAGCAACACACUAUGCGCGCUUCCAGUUUAGCGAGUCUUGAUGCUACGAGGCCACCCCACAUCACCAUCCCGCAACACCGCAGAUCGCACGUGUCCUCGACGGACGGAAUCACACAAGGCUGUUAUUGAUUGUAGAGAAAGAGCAAGGGCUUCCCGGAACCAGCACAGCCAGAAAGACACCCAAGAUGACGUCGACACCACCGCCGUCCCAGGCCACCCUGGACAUCCUCAGCGAAAUCAACACCCUGGGCGAUGCCCUCAAGACCGGCGCGCAGGGCGCAAGAGAAGGCCUUCUGGCCGCCGCCUCACGACUAACCGCCUCGCUGCAACACCCCACCGAGAACGCCCUGCAGCUCCUCUGGGCACAGCCAACCCACCUCAACGUCAUCCGCCUGGCCGUCGAAAUCAAGCUGUUCCAAGCCAUGACCACGACGCCCGCGGCCGGCGAGUCCAGCACCUCCAUCGCUGCACGCUGCGAGCCGCGGGGCGCCGUCGACCCCGUGCUGGUGGCCCGCAUGCUGCGGCACCUGGCGGCCAUGUCGACGGUGCUGGAAACCGGGCCGGACAGGUUUGCGCCCACGGCGACAUCGCUCGCCUACGCGGCACCGAACUACCAGGACACGGUGCUGUAUAUCGUGGAUAACUUCCAGCCAGCGCUCGACGGGGUGCCGGCGUUCUUCCGCGCCAAUGGGUUCCAGGCGCCGACGAGCAGUGUCGAGGCGCCGUUCCAGCAUGCGUUUGAGAAGGGCGUGCAUUACUUUGAGUACUUUGAACGGUUUGAUCAGGAGAUGGGGAGGAGGUUUGCGAGCAUGAUGGAUGUGUGGAGUAUGGGGCGGCAGCGGUGGUUUGACACAGACUACUAUCCUGUUGCCGAGCGAUUGAUCGAGGGUGCCGAGACCCCGGUGGAUGGAGAAGAGAGUGUAUUUCUGGUGGACGUUGGCGGUGGGACUGGCCACGACAUAAAAGACCUGAGAGCUGCCUUCAACGACCAAAUCCCGGGCAAACUGAUCCUCCAAGACCGCCCUGAGAUAAUCGAACACGCCCAAAUCGACGCCCGAGACACCAAGACGCCCCACGACUUCCUCACCGAGCAGCCCAUAAAAGGCGCCCGCGCAUACUUCCUCCACAGCAUAAUCCAAGACUGGUCGGACCCAGUCAACACGCAGAUCCUGAGCAGCCUCGUCCCGGCCCUGAAGCGCGGCUACUCGAAGGUGCUGAUCAACGACUUCGUCGUGCCCAACGCCGGCGCGCACUGGAGCCAGACGGCGCUGGACUGGGAGCUGAUGGCGGCGCUGGGGUCGCGGCACCGCACCGAGGCCGAGCACGCGGCGCUGUAUGCGCGCGCGGGACUGAAGAUCGUGGGCAUGUGGCGGCAUGCGCACAGUCUGGAUUCGCUGAUUGAGCUGGAGCUGGCGUAGGCCGGAGACGGAGGCUGGCAGUCGAGGUCGAUAGCGAAGACCGAUGGUAUUGACCGCGUGUCUGUAUCGCUGCGGACAAGAUCACCAUGAAGACGAAGCAAAGCACUACACAAUCUGUGGCCUGGUGCCGACACCCCCGCUCUCUCUCCUACAUGUACAUAUGUAUAUACCCACACACAACGCACACUCAAC